GAUUCUAAUAAAUGAAAAAAGGACAGGUCAAAAGGAAAUUUGAGAGUAAGAGAAUAUAUAAAUAAAAGGUUUUGGCUUUAGUUCUUCAAAUCCUUAUGACCAACGUAUUCAAAAAGAAUUAGUGUUGCAUAUACAAAAUUAGGUGUAAACAGGGAAUGACUUUACGUUAAAAUUAUAUAGUUGGAUGAAGAUUUCAAUUUUAAAGUAGAAAAUAAAUAAAGCAACAAAACUAGAUAUAGGGAAUUUUAGGGUGCUAUAUAAAAAUUAAGAAUUAACAUAAAAUAAUUAGGAUCUGGAAGUAAAAAAUAUAGAAUAAAAUAGGACUAUGGAAUAAAGAAUCAUGUUACGUUAAAAUUGAUAGCUCGUAAAUAGAGUUAAUAGUUGUAUUUCAUCAAUAGUCUUCAUAAUAUAUUGGAAGAGUCUAGAAGUACUUAGGAAUAAUUUUAAAAUGCAAAAUGGGCUGUAGAAGGAGCCUUUUUGAGAGGAAUAACUCCAAAGUUGACAGAUUUUGGGACAUAGGGAACUUAUAUAUUAGAAAAUUAAAAUCAUAAACCAGUGGCAAUUUUCAAACCAUAUGAUGAAGAAGCCUUUGCGUAAAAAAUUAUGUGUUUAUAUAGACCAAAUAAUCCAAGAGGAAUGAGGGGGAAAAUGAAUUCUCCUGGACUUAGAUAAGGAAUUUUAUCAGGUGAAGGAGUAGAUAGAGAAGUGGCUACAUAUCUAAUUGAUCAAUCUUCUGGACAUUAUCAUAAUGGUAAUGUUCAAGAUAAUUAAUUUAGUCCCUAUUACUAAUUAUGUUCAAAUUUGUCAUCCAACAUUUAAUGAGGCAGAAGAAUAUAAAUAAUUUUAAUAUGAAAAAAUUCCUAUUAAAGAGGGUUCAUUUUAAUUAUAUGUUACUCACGAUGAUAAUGUUGGAAAUUAUGGAAGUGGAUUAUACCCCUCUAUAGAAGCAAGAAAAAUAGCUAUACUAGAUAUUAGAAUAUUAAAUUGUGAUCGGAAUGAAGAAAACAUUUUAGUUAGAAAGAAGUAAUCUAUUUCUAUUUAUUUCUUAUUCAAGAAAGCUUCCUUAAACUAAUGGAUAAACGAGAUAAUCAUUUGAUUAUUUCUUAAUUCCUAUUGAUCAUGGCUAUUCAUUUCCAGAUUCAUUUAAAAUUUGUAGAGAUGAAGUUGUCUGGUAUCAUUGGGGUUAAAUGAAAUAACCAUUUACUCAAGAAGAAAAGCUCUUUAUUGAAAAAAUUGAUCCAGACAAAGAUAUUUAAAUGAUGAAAGAAAAAGUAGAAUUAAGAGAAAUUUGCUUAAGGAAUGCUAAAAUAGCUACAAUUUUCUUAAAAAUGGGAGCAGCAGCUGAUUUGACUAUUUAUGAUAUAGCGUAAAAAAUUCUAAUUAAAUUAAGUGAAGCACUAUAUAGAGAAGAUCCUGAUGAAUUGUCUCCAAUAGAAAAGGUUGUCGAAACUGCAGAAUAUAAUUUUAAGUAUUUUCAAUUACAUUAAUAUCAGUAAUAAUGUUAGAGUGUCCAAAUUAUUUUCAAAUCAUAAAGAAAAGUUAUUUUCAAAUAAUCUUAUAUAAAAAUCAUUUGAAUUUGAAUCGUCAAACUUAAAUAAUUUUGAUAGACCUUAAAUCACUUAACCACUACUGAAAUUAUAAAUUAUCAAAGAUGAAGAGGAAAAUAAAGAAAUUAAUGAAAGAGGGAACUAAAAUUAAUAUUCUGAUAAAAAGUUAACUAGAAUAGGUUCUCAAUAGAAUAUAAAAUAAAUAAAAAAUCCUACUGAAAAAAAAUGGAAUGAAGAAUUCUAUGCUCAUAUAAUUUACUUACUUUAUUAACUCAUAGAAAAUAUAUUAUCAAAGAAAGUACUCUCUCCAAAAAAAUACAGACCGAGAUAUAUCAGUGAAGAAGUCAAAUGAAAAUUAAAUUAUUUAAUAAUCC